UGUGUGGAGAAGCAGUUGAUGAGCGAUGGUGAAAGGCGUAGUUGGAGAAGAAACGCGACUCAAAUCGGUUGAGGAUCGUCUCAGCCAAUCUGCGCUUCCAACAGAGGUGGGUUUACUAAUAGGCAAGUUCAGCUCCGGUUUGGACCGGGCCUUUAUCUUCGAUUUGGUUCCAACUCCACAAAAUGAUUCUGGCGAACCUGCUUCUUCCAUCACCGACCCCAACAAGAAAAACCCUCCUAAAUCCAAAUCUAAUCCCCCUGACUCUUCUUCAUUGUUCAUUGAUAAGGAUUGGGUCGCUGAACAUGCUCGCCAGGUAUCUAGAAUGCUAGUGGGUGGCAUGAAGGUUGUUGGCUUAUAUAUUUGGGUUGGUGAUACUGCUUUUAAGAAUUCAACCAUCAUGCUUUGCCAGACAGUGAAGGGAGUUGCUGAAGCAGCACCGGUUUUGGAGGUUGACUGGGAUGAAAGACUGCUUCUUCACAUUUGUUAUAGUCCUAGGAGGUGGAAUUGUCGAAACUGCUCACUAUCUUCAAAUAUUACAUCAAGUAGUCUACGGCCUUGUGAUUUUAAAAUGGGAAAGGUCUUGAGUUCCCUUCAAACAUUUAGGUGCAUGCACAGCUUUAACCUUAGGUUACCCAUAUUGCAUGACAGUGCAUCAAAAUUGAAGACAAUGAGUGAUGUUCUUCGUCAUGCAAUAUCUAUUCAUGCCAAAGAGCUUACAUGUGCAAAGGCCUUGAUUGAUGGUAAAUUGGUUGUUGAUAGCGAGCCAUGCUCAUCAGAUGGUGUGCAUGGAGUUGAAUUGCUUCUACCAUUUCUGAAUAAUAGUUUUGUUGAAGCAUGCAGCCAAAGAGAUGUUGUUGGCGUUCUUUCCUUUAGUGGUUCAAUAUGUUCUUUUGCAUAUCUGAAUUCAAAAGAGCCAAUUUCACAAGCCAUCACUGAUAUAAAGGGAGAUAUCAUUAUGAGUCUGCAAAGUAGAUUGGAUAUAAUCUGUGAUGAGGCAGAUGGUGAUUCAGGUAACAAUCAUGAUGUUGGAAAGCAAGAAAACAAUGAGAUAUCAGCUGAAAAUUCCGUUUCCCAACUUUUGCUGCCGUUAUUGAGAAAAGGAUGUACUCUUCCAUUUCCUAGAAGAGUCUUUGCACCAUGGUUAGCAGGGGUGUACGUGUGUGAUUACUUGCAGCCUUCUGAGACUAUUGAGGUUUUAAAAGAUCAUUGUAUGGAGUUGUUAUCCAUGAAAGCUCCAAUUGAUGUCUCUACAAUUUUGGAGCCAGAAAAAGAAGUGCUAUCUUUCGAAACUAAAUCUUUCUGGGAUGUGGCAGUGCCAUCCCAUUCAGAAAUUCACCUCAUGGAAGACAAGAGCAAGCUUGAUAGCAGAGGGAAAAGUUCUAGUAGUAAAUCGGUGAAGCCAGGUCACAUUAAUGUUGUAUCUGCCGGUCUCAUCCUUCUACUCUCUGUCUUACUUGGUUUUGUGUUCUUCGUCCUAAAGGGUUGAGGGCUUUAUAUUUAAGAAUUUUUCUCCACCGUGGAUUCACAUAUUUUCCUAGUUUGCAAAACUGCAUUCGUAGUUGAUGGGGAGUUCAAUCUUGAGUAAAAUCUGGCCUGUUAGCUUUUUGAUGCUCUUCACCUGGAAUCAACCGGAACAAUAAAAUCGUGCUUUUGUGGAUUA